GUAAUGUUUGGUAUUUGAUAUCAUGAUGAACUGUGAGCGUGUUGUUUUUCAGACUGUCACUAUCAAAGAAGCCUCUCUGAAGUGCAAACAGAAACAAGAUCAGUUGGAUCGAAAAAAUAAAGAGAUUGAAGAUAUUAAACAAACGCUGAGGCUGAAGCAGAUGGAAGAGGAAGACCACCAGAGGCGAAUCAGCAACACCAGACGGACCAUUGACGACUUGAAGGCGGAGCUUGCCAAAGUUGGCGACCAACCCGACGUGAUGCCGCGGAUCAAUGCUGUCAAUGUGGAGCUGAGGACCAUCCGUGAGGAGAGAGCCAAGGUGGAAGGAGAGAAGGCCGACCUACGCAGGGAGAAGGACAACCUCAUUGCCGAGUACAGAAUGUUGGAGAGAAAGCUCAAUGACAUGAACAACAUGAUGAAUGCCAAAGAGGAGAAGCUGCGAGGACGCCACAGGGACACACACUUCGCCAUCCAGUGGCUCAGACAGAACAGACAACUCUUUGGUGGAAAUGUCCACGAGCCCAUGAUGCUGGUGAUCAAUGUGAAAGAUCAUCGCUUUGCUAAGUUCGUGGAGAACCACAUCUCAUUCCACGAUCUGCGGGCGUUUGUAUUCCAGAGAAAAGACGACAUGGAGAGGUUCAUGACUGAGGUCCGUGACAAGAUGAACUUGAAGGUGAACUCCAUUUCUGCUCCGGUGGAGUCGUGUUCUAGGCGGCCGCCAUCACGGAGUAUUGAGGCCCUGAGGCGUUUUGGGUUCUUCACCUACCUACGCGAGAUGUUCGAUGCCCCUGAUGAGGUGAUGAGUUACCUCUGUCACCAGUACAAGGUGCAUGACGUCCCUGUGGGCAAUGACCAAACUAAAGCCAUGAUUAAAACGGUGAUUGAGGAGCCCUACCUCAGGGUGUUCUAUACAACAGAGGAGAGGUACACAUUGAAGAGGUCCCAUUACUCCAACAAGAUCAGCACCAGUAACUCCGCAGUGCACCCUUCCCAGUACCUCACCAUCACUGUGGACGCUGAAGAGAAACGGCAGCUGGAGCAGCAGAUGAAGGCCUGUGAGUUGAAGUUACAAGACAUUGAAGAACGGAUGAAGGCCCUGCAGACAGAAGCCGCCUCACUGGAUCGCCGUGACAAUGAAUUGUUGGCAGAGAAGAAGCACCUUUCUGAAGUAAAGGGCAAAAAGAGACAACUGGAGCAGAAAAUCAGCACCAAGCAGGACAGUCUGAAGCAGAUGGAGCAGAGUGUUAUUGACCUGCAGAAGAUUGAAGAGGAGACUAAAGAGAAAAUUGCAGCUGUCAAUUCCCAGAAGGUGUCCAUAGUCACAGCGUUCAUGACUCAGAUGAAGCUGAGAGCCAAGCUGACUAUGGAGAAGGUGUACCUGGCUUUGGAGACGGUGGGGCUGAUGGCUGAGAAGACCAAGCUGGAGAAUGAUUGUAGAGAAGGCGCUUCUGAACUCAAGACCAUUGAUCAAAAAUGCAGCCGUCUGGAGCAGAGGAAGGUCCAGCUGACAGAACAAUGCAAAGGCCUGUUGAAGAGAGCAAAGACGAUCUGCAGGAUGCAACCAGAUGAGUCAUUACCUGAAGACCUGCGUAAUGCUUUUAGCAAGCUGCCUGACACGCUGGACGAGAUCGAUACACUGCUGAAUGAGGAGCGGGCCAGGGCUGAGUGCUUCACUGGCCUCAGUGAAAGAGUUGUUGAAGAGUACAACAAAAGAGAGCAGGAGAUCAAACAUCUGGAGAAAGAGCUGGAAGACCGGAGCAAUGCCCUGAACGCCUACCGACAGAACAUAUCAGAGGCAAAGGAGCGCUGGCUGAACCCGCUGAAGCAGCUGGUGGAACAGAUUAAUGGCAAGUUCAGUGAUUUCUUCCGCUCCAUGCAGUGUGCAGGAGAGGUUGAUUUGCACUCAGAGAAUGAGGAGGAGUAUGACAAGUAUGGGAUCCGAAUUCGGGUGAAGUUCCACAGCAGCACUCAGCUCCACGAGCUGACGGCUUACCAUCAGAGCGGAGGAGAGCGCAGCGUCUCCACAAUGCUCUACCUCAUGGCCCUGCAGGAGCUCAACCGCUGCCCCUUCAGAGUGGUGGACGAGAUCAACCAGGGAAUGGAUCCUGUGAAUGAGAGAAGAGUCUUUGACAUUGUGGUCCGCACGGCCUGCAAAGAGACAACAUCCCAGUACUUCUUCAUAACACCCAAACUGCUGCAGAAUCUUCAGUACGCUGAUGAGAUGACCGUCCUUUGUGUCCAUAACGGCGGCCAAAUGCUUCCGCCCAACCAGUGGGACGAGAAGGCUUUCAUCAAACGAUGUCUCGAAAGAAAAGCCAGGGCAUGAACCCCACUGUCUGAUCUGUCCUGCCUGAGUUCAGUCUGUUUCCAGUUCAACGAGUUCAAAAUAUACAACUGUAAAAAAUAAUUUUUAUCAUUUAUUAUAAAUUUCUCUUUAGCUGUUUUAUUUUAGAUAGAAUAUGCUAUAUAAACCUUGGAAAGAGAAGAUUUGAAUUAUUCUGUGAAAGAGUCGUCCAACAGAUGUACAGAAAAUAGUAAUAUGCAUUGAGAAUAUUUUGUUGUUUUCUCAUUUGCCCAGUUUUUCUAUUUAUACAGCAACAGGUUUAUUCUUUUGAUAAUACAAAAUAUUAACUGUUCCUCUGUUAACAGUUCACAUGCACAUGUUUUUUUUUUACAUUUUAAUAAAAUAUUCUGCUGUUUGUGUUCUAAA